AUCAACUAUAACGUUAAACAUCCCCUUCAAAAUACUUGGACUUUGUGGUUCGAUAAUCCUGGAAAAAAAGCAAAUACUCAGUCUUGGUCUCAAAACCUAAAAGAAAUUGUGUCUAUGGAUGCUGUCGAAGAUUUUUGGGGUGUUUACAAUAAUAUUGUCAAGGUCGAUCGUCUUGAUCUUAGUUCUAAUUACCAUCUUUUCAAAAAGGGUGUCCGACCUGAAUGGGAAGAUCCUGCUAAUGCCAAAGGUGGAAAAUUCAGUAUUCAAUUCCCUAGAAAUAGGACUGGUGAAGCUAUUAACAAUUAUUGGUUGCAUACGAUUUUAGCUAUGAUUGGUGAGCAAUUUGCAUAUGAAGAUGAAAUCUGUGGUGCAGUUGUAUCUGUCCGAAAGGUGUUUUUCAGAAUUGCCUUGUGGAUCAAGAGCUCUGAAAAUGAACAAAUUGUACAAACUAUUGGUCAACAGUUGAAGGAAUUCUUGGAAGUACCUCCUAAUCUUCAAGUUGAAUUUGCUCCUCAUGGUGAUGCCCCUGCU